AAGUGUUCUGGGGGAGCUGCUGGUGACUUCUGCUGCAAUAUGUGGAAGCUCGUCACCAUAGGGGUGCUGCUGGCUGCCUGCUGUUCACGAGUCUGUAGUACCUCAAUAUUUUACAGCAAUAAAGAUGCAAACCAAGUCCUGAAAAUCCAGAAGCGGGCAAACUCUUUUCUGGAGGAGCUCAAACCGGGCUCUGUGGAGCAUGAGUGCAUUGAAGAGCGGUGUGACUUUGAGGAGGCCAGUGAGAUAUUUGAAACGAAGGAAGCAACACGAAAUUUUUGGAGCAAGUAUGUAGAUGGAGAUCAGUGUGACCCACAGCCUUGUUCCAAUGGGAACUGCAAGGACGAUAUUGGAAAAUUUUCCUGCAUUUGUAACAAAGGCUGGGAGGGGGUUUUGUGCAAUUAUGAGGUCAAAUACACCAACUGUUCUGUCAAUAAUGGAGGAUGUGAACAUUUCUGUAGGGAUGACCCUGUCAACCAGUGCCGCUCUUGCAGCUGUGCGUCUGGGUAUCAGUUGAUGAAUGACCAUACCAUGUGCAAGCCUGUAGUGGAGUUCCCCUGUGGAAGAGUGAAAAUGUACUACAUUGAAGCCAAAGCAGGAUUCAACGUUCGGCUCAUUGAGGGAAAAGUAGGAAGAAGGGGAGACAGCCCUUGGCAGAUUAUGCUGCAAAAUAGCAAAGGGAAAUUUCUGUGUGGGGGUGUUCUCAUCCAUCCAUCUUGGGUCCUAACGGCAGCACACUGCACUGAGGCAGAAGAGGGACUCAAAGUAAGACUUGGUAAAUUCCACCGUCUCCGUACUGAGGCAGACGAGCAAACCAUUUGGGUUGAUAAAUGUGUGAGCCACGAAAAUUACACCAAGGAGACCUCCGAUAAUGACAUAGCCAUGCUGCACUUGGCUGAGCCCGUGAUGUAUAACAAAUACAUGCUCCCUAUCUGUCUUCCCACCCGCGACCUGGCAGAACAGGAGCUGACAAGAAGUGGGAAGCAGAUGGUGGUAACUGGCUGGGGCAGCACAAGUGAUGUUAAAAGCAAUUAUUCUACUUUCCUCAGUUAUAUUCAAAUCCCCAUGGUUCCCCGAAACGAGUGUGCCCAGGCGAUGAGAUUUGCUAUCUCUGACAACAUGCUGUGUGCUGGGAGCCUAGGAGACAAAAAAGAUUCCUGCAGUGGGGACAGCGGAGGCCCUAUGAUCACUGAAUAUAAGGAUACUUGGUUUUUGGUAGGACUGGUGAGCUGGGGUGAAGGCUGUGGAAGUAGGGAGAAAUUUGGAGUCUACACCAAAGUUAGUCAGUAUCUUGAGUGGAUCCAGCACCACAUAGAUGAGAUGUCAGCUUCUUGGAAGGGCUGA